AUGCACGCGGAUGUCUGCUUUCUGCUCUGCGCGUGCUUUCUCUGCACUGGAGCCCUGCAGUCCUGUAGCAAGAGCAGGUCCAAGCGAGAAACAACCAGAGCAGAGCGAGACUUGCAUAAACCCGGCAGCACAUUACUGAUGCGAAGUCCAGAUGUGACGAAAGCUCCCGUCACCAAAUCCGAGCAGCUCCUGAAGCUGGACGAUCACGACUUCACCAUGAGACCAGGCUUUGGAGGGCCUGCGAUACCUGUGGGUGUUGAUGUUCAGCUGGAGAGUCUGGACACCAUCUCUGAAGUUGAUAUGGACUUCACCAUGACUCUGUACUUGAGACACUACUGGAAGGACGCUCGACUGUCUUUUCCCAGCAACACCAACCAGAGCAUGACCUUCGAUGGCCGGCUGGUGAAGAAAAUUUGGGUCCCGGACAUAUUUUUUGUCCACUCCAAACGCUCCUUCAUCCACGACACCACCACAGAGAACGUCAUGCUGCGGGUGCAUCCCGACGGAAAAGUGCUCUACAGCCUACGGGUCACGGUCACAUCGAUGUGCAACAUGGACCUCAGUCACUUUCCUCUAGACACCCAGACCUGCUCGCUGGAGAUCGAGAGCUACGCCUAUACCGACGACGACCUGAUGCUGUACUGGAAGAGAGGGAACAAAUCUCUGCAGACGGACGACAAGAUCUCUCUGUCUCAGUUCCUCAUCCAGGAGUUCCACACCACCACAAAACUAGCCUUCUACAGCAGCACAGGUUGGUACAACCGUCUGUACAUCAACUUCACUCUGCGCCGCCAUAUUUUCUUCUUCCUGCUUCAGACGUAUUUUCCCGCCACUCUGAUGGUCAUGCUGUCGUGGGUGUCCUUCUGGAUUGACCGGCGAGCUGUUCCUGCCAGGGUUCCUCUGGGCAUCACGACGGUGCUCACCAUGUCCACCAUCAUCACCGGAGUGAACGCCUCCAUGCCAAGAGUCUCCUACAUCAAAGCUGUGGACAUUUACCUGUGGGUCAGCUUCGUCUUUGUCUUUUUAUCUGUCAUAGAGUACGCCGCGGUGAAUUACCUGUCCACUCUGCAGGAGCGCAAAGAGAGGACACAAAACAGCCGGCAGUUGCCGUGUACCUGCGGAAUGACCCAUCCUGGUCAGAUGAUGAUGAGCAGCAGCUACAGUGAGAUGGACAUGAUGACCACGGGAAACUACGGCAUGUCGGAGCUCAACGACACCAAGCAGGAGCAGUUCCUGGUUCAUCUGGUAAUGGAUAAUGAACAGGGCGCUCAAAGGCCCGCCGUCACCACCAGCAGCACUUUAAAUAUAGACACUCACGCUAUAGACAAGUACUCGCGGGUCAUCUUCCCUGGAGCGUACACACUCUUCAACAUCAUAUACUGGUCCAUCUACUCACAGUGA